GCUGAGCACAAAGAUUUGGCGCCACAUAGAGAGGCUUGAACCGCAAACGCUUUUGUCUACUCUGUUGAUCUUCACCGCACCAGUCAGCACCAUGGAAGAGGCAAACAAGUUGAUCGGCGCCGGCAAGAAGCACCUGGUGAUGGGGAAAGCGGUGGAGGCGGUGAGCGUGCUGCAGGAGGCCUGUGGUCUGCUGGCUAAAGAGUAUGGCGACACAGCAGAUGAGUGCGCAGAGGCCUUCUUCUGGUGCGGGAAGGCACUUUUGGAACUCGCACGGAUGGAGAACUCAGUUUUGGGUAACGCUCUUGAAGGAGUGCCUGAGGAAGAAGACGAGGAAAAGCCCAAAGAUUCCAACAUUGAAAGUGCAGAGAGUGUUGAUGAAAAGACACGAGACGAACUGAGGGAGCAGGUGUACGACGCCAUGGCAGAGAAGAAAAGUGAGGAAGAAAAGCAGGGUGGUGAUGGAGGGAAGGAGGUGGAGACGGAAGACGGGAAGGAAGUGGAGAAGGAAGAGCAGAUGAAGGAAGACGCAAAGGUGAAGGAAGGUGAGAAGGGAGGGCAGAUGAAGGAAGACGCAAAGGUGAAGGAAGGUGAGAAGGAAGAGCAGAUGAAGGAAGAUGAGGAGAAGGAAGGUGAAAGUGACGCAAACAAGGCGGAAGGAAAAGAUGCUGCUGAAAAGGCUGAAGAAGAAAAAAUGGGAGAUGAAGAAAAUGAGAAAGAAGAUGGGGAUGAAGAAAUGGAGGCUGAAGAAGAUGAUGCUGAAAAGGAGAGUGGGGAUGAGGAGGGUGGUGGUGAUGAUGAUGAAGAGGAGGAGGAGGAGGUGGGGAACCUUCAGUUGGCCUGGGAGAUGUUGGAGCUGGCCAAAGUCAUCUACAGGAGAAAAGAGUCCAAGGAGGAUCAGCUCAUGGCAGCUCAGGCGCACCUCAAGCUUGGAGAGGUGUCUGCUGAAACUGGAAACUACUCUCAAGCUCUGGACGACUUCCAGGAGUGUCUGAACCUGCAGCUGAAACACUUGGACUCGGACAGCCGCCUGCUCGCCGCGACCCGCUACCAGCUAGGCUUGACCCUGAGCCUGAACCUCCAGUACGACAGAGCAGUGGAGGAGCUGAACAACUCCAUCGCCAUCAUCAAGCGUCGGCUCGAUAACCUGACAGGGCUGAUCGACAAAGCCACCGACCCGGAGUCGCUGCAGCCGGAGAGACAGGAGAUGGAGGAGCUGAAGGCUCUGCUGCCUGAGAUCCAGGAGAAGGUGGAGGACGCCAAAGAAGAUAUGAAAACCAUGAAUGGCUGUACAGACGCAGAUAAGAAUAAGAUGGAUGGUCCGUCGUCUUCUUCAGCUUUCCCCGGCACCUCUGGACAAAGUGAUGCUUCCAGUUCUACAUCUAACGGAUCAUCUAGCACCAAAACCUCUGUCGCUCCGGCCUCAGACAUUUCUCACCUAGUUAGAAAGAAGAGGAAACCAGAGGAGAGUCCAGUGAAGGAGGGAGUGAAGAAGGUGAAGCACGACGAGACGAACGGUGUGGAGCACACGAACGGACACGUCAGCAACGGUCAUGCCACAAAUGGUCACGCUAAUGGACACGCCGCCGAGGUGGAGAGUAAGUAAAGAACAUGUCCAGAGUUCCAAACAAGGCCGGUCAUCUGUCUCAGCACUUCUGUUUUGUCUCUGUAAAUACAUUUUCUAUUCUUGUACUGGUUUUAUAUAUGAACUAUGGAGAUCAAUAAAGAAUAUCGUUGGUUAAA